UUUUGGUUAUAUUUAAAUGUUAAUAAUAACAAUAAUGAUCUUCCCGAACUUGGAAUUGUUAAUGAAUUUAGUAAAUACAUGUAUAAUGAAUUACAAGUUUAUUUUAUAUCAAAUCUGAUAAAUUUAAAUAGCAAACUUCAUCAACUUCAAGAAAAUGAUAUAAAUAGUUUAUCAGAAAAGAUAAUAAGUUCAAAAAAUGAAGAGCUUUAUUUGAAUUUACCCAUGCUAUAUUUUAAUUGGUGUUCUAGUGUUAUUUGGAAAAUAAAUGUUAAAGAAAUAUUAAAUAAAUAUUGCUUUAUAAAAUUUAUAAUUAAAAGCACUGAUUCUAAACAGUAUAAGGAUUCUGAACUAGAACAUUAUGAACAUGUGUUAAAAUAUGAAGAUGUAUUAAAACUUGAGGGAUUAGAUUGGAUUGAAUAUCAGCUUCCAAUAAUUGUAAAAGAAGUUUAUGUACAACCUUCAAUUGAAAUAAAUGGUUCUAUUAAUAUGAUUAUGUUCGAAGUGGGUAUAAUAAGGAAGAGAUAACUUAUAUUCCUAACAUAGGUGAUUUAUUACCAAAUUUUCAUAAAUUUUGUCCACAUGUUCCAGAAACUUUUAAAGAUAAGUAUUUUUCAAGAAAAGAAAUGGAAAAUUUGCUUGAGCUGAAAGAUAUAAUUAACCACCUAUGACUGUUUUUUUUUUAAAUUUUUUUAAAUUAAUACUGUUUUAUUUUUUUCAUUUGCUUUCAUUUGUUAUAUUUUCCAUUUUAUUUAUUAUAAAUAAACUU